GAUGGAUCCAGACUGUACGGCGCUCAAGAUAUGGAACGCGGUCCAUGAGCUCGUUGUCCUGCUCUCCCCCGACGGCCAUGUUGCAAACGUUCUUUUUCACAUCAGGGCCCCGCUCGUUAUGAUAGGGCGGAAGGAAGAGCCCCCCGAGUCGCUCGGAUUCGACUGGGCGACCCUCGAUCAGCGAGCACUUGCCCUCCAUACGACAGUAUUUUCCGUCUGGGUACCUGGCAAACUUUACGACAAGUACGAACCGUUUGUGCGCGACCAUAUGCCACUGACACAAUCUAGCGGCCGAUUGGAGCUUGGGCGAUGGAGCGAGAAUAUUUGAGUGCGAGUUCUGCUGCCUGUGACACCAAGUUCAUGAAUGCGCUUUGCUUUGAGUUGCUGUGAUGAUCUUCUUUUGUCACAACAGUAGAAAAUGGGCGGCGAAAAGGAACUCAUCUGUCCUCUCGUGCAAACGAUCGAUAAAGUAGGAAAUGGUUGCUAGAACUCUCGC